AUGACCUCUCCACCAGUUAUCCCGAAACUUGCAUGGGUCACCCUCAUCACCAAAGCCUCAUACCUCCCGGGAGCCGUUUUGCUCGCCUACAGCCUCCAGAAGCACAACUCAAUAUAUCCAUUGAUUAUCCUAACCACUCCCUCAUUCCCAGCAUCUCUUCUCCCCCAGCUACAAGAGGAAUGCAGUCUGAGCAAUGCAAUCCACCUACCAAUCGACCCUCUAUCUCCACCACCUCACAACCUCCCCCCAUCACUCAUCGCCGCCCGGUUCGCCGACACGUGGACCAAGCUCCGGGUCUUCGAGUUGCACAAGUAUGGCGGUGAGCGGCUGGUGUUCCUGGACGCUGAUAUGCUGGUGAGGCGGAACAUGGACGAGCUGUUUGAUUUGUCGCGUUCGUUGCCGCGUGAUGCCAUUGCGGCCAACCAUGCGUGUGUCUGUAAUCUGGACAAGGAUUCUUGGGCGCCUGCUUCAUGGACACCGGAGAAUUGCGCGUACGCUGGGUUACGACCUGGUGAUGCCCCGACACCUGUGCCUGCGCCAGGGCAGUUGGGAAAGGACACGCAUACGGUACUCAACGGCGGAUUGUUUCUUUUCUCGCCAUUCGAUGAGCAGUGGGAGGCUAUGUUAAGGUUCUUGGAAGAUGAUAAAAGAGUACAGGAGUACAUGUUUCCGGAUCAGGAUUUCUUAGCGGACUUCUUCAGAGGGAGAUGGGAGAGUGUGGGGUGGCGGUAUAAUGCGCUCAAGACGAUGCGGUAUUGGCAUGCGGGCUUUUGGGAAGAUGGGGAAGUGCGGAAUCUACAUUAUAUUGUGGAUAAACCGUGGAGUAAGAGGGUUGGUUCUGACGGUGUAGCGGGAUAUCUCGGGAGGGAUGGAGUUACGCAUUGUUGGUGGUGGGAGGAGUUUAAUAGAUGGAAAGGGGAGAGGGAGGAAAUGGGGAAAGGGGAAAUUCUGGAGAUGAUGAGGAACGAGGUAGCGAAGCCUUUGGAGGUUAGAGAUGUGGGGGCUCGAGCAGCACUGUGA